GGCCGGGCCGGGCUGGGCCGGGCCGGGCGACGCAGCGGGCCGGGCAGGAUGUCGCGCCAGGCCGGCCGCGGCACCGAGAGCAAGAAAAUGAACUCAGAGCUCUUCACACUGACAUAUGGAGCUCUGGUCACCCAGCUGUGCAAGGACUACGAGAAUGAUGAGGAUGUCAACAAGCAGCUUGACAAAAUGGGUUACAACAUAGGUGUUCGGCUAAUAGAAGACUUUUUGGCCCGAUCCAAUGUGGGAAGAUGUCAUGAUUUCCGUGAAACUGCAGAUGUUAUUGCAAAGAUAGCAUUUAAAAUGUAUUUGGGCAUCACUCCAAGCAUCACCAACUGGAGUCCUGGAGGUGAUGAGUUCUCUCUGAUUUUGGAAAAUAACCCCUUGGUGGACUUCGUCGAACUCCCUGACAACCACUCGUCUCUCAUCUAUUCCAACUUGUUGUGUGGAGUGCUGCGAGGUGCCUUGGAAAUGGUUCAGAUGGCUGUGGAUGUAAAAUUUGUGCAGGACACGUUGAAAGGCGACAGCGUCACAGAAAUAAGAAUGAAGUUCAUCAGGCGGAUUGAAGACAAUCUCCCAGCUGGUGAAGAGUGAUUUACAACCCAGUCUCCCUUUGGGACUGGAGGGGACCAGCUGGCUGUGGUGGUUAGCUUUCAUCACAGAUCUGUAGGGAUAUAGUGUGCUUUUAUCACAGAUCUGUAGGGAUAUAGUGCCCCUGUAUGUUCAGACUGACUCACUGACUGUUUAAGAUGUUAUAUUCUUCUACUGUUACUUCCAUCUUCCAUAGAAGACAAUUGCCUGGUUGCUGUUUAUUUCACAGGUUCAUUCUGAAGCUUUUUCAUAAGGUGAUGUCUUUUUCAUAUCCCCCUGGGGACUCUUUCUACACUGUUUCUAAUUGUGAUAUUUGGUUGUGUAAGAACUACUGCUCAAACUCUGAAAGAGCUUCAGUCUGUUCAAAUCUGAAUCCAGGUUUUAUAACCAGAAUUGGAGAUCAAGAUAUGAGUGCCCACUGAGUUUGUUAAAUGCUGUUCUUAAAAAGAGGUUGCUAAAAUGCACUCUGACAUAAGCACAUAAUAUUCCUGUAGACCAAACUGGCUUCCUGCAAUUGAUUCUGAAGUUACUAGUAAAAUGCAAACUUGAUCCUAAGGAGAUUUGACAGAGCUGUUUCAGAGCUUGGCAUCCUGUCAGAGAGGUUCCUUCUCUCAGAGGGCGAUGGCAUCUGGCAUCACCUAGUGCUGGCAAGCUCAGAAGGUCUGUUCUGCCUGGGCCUUUCUGCCCCUUUCUCUUCCUCUAGCAGUGUUUCUGAAAGCAAACUCAGCAAUACCAUUCUCUAACGGGAUGUUGUUUGUGUGUUACUCUCUUUAUUCUCCUCUUGGAAGGGGAGGGCCAGUAAAUUGUAUGCAAAAAAAAACACUGAAAAUUUUAAACAGAGAUAUGGAGCUAGUGGCUGAAAUGUCUUUGGUGUUCUGCAGUGUAUGCUGCCUUGAGCCUGUUUGUUGGGUUGACAGAACUAAAAAAUAAAACUCAGAAUAACAAUUGGGAAGUGUUAAAUGCAUUUCGGCAAAUAGAGUCUCUUCUGCUCUUAAAUACUGCACAAUGUGAAGGGGAUGUCACAUACAUAUUUAGGCUAAACCACGAUUUUCCAUAUUAUUUGAAUUGGCAAGAUACAGCAGUCUGUAAUACCUGCUGUUGAGUAGAGUAACUAAAUACACAAAGUAAUGUUAUAUCUCAGAACCCAAGAAAUUGGAAAAUCCUCUUUUUUUUGUCACCCUACUCAUCCAGAACCUGCAGUCAGACAUUUAAUUCUCUAAUCACUUUACAUAGCAUGAAGGCACAAAUUCACAGGGAUAUCUAGGAGCCUGAAGUCCACAGCACCCAUUGACUUCCACAAGCACUAGUGGCUUGAACAUCUUUGUAGGUUUAUGCCUGAGUGUAAGGUGUAAGAGAGAAAGCUGCUGUUUGUGCCAUACGUACUGGUGGGAGUAAGGCUACAGACCUCCUGCGUUUCUCUAAAGUGAGUUACCCACUCCUGUAAUUUCCUUCUUUGUUGUACUUGAAAAGUCCCAAAGAAUUCACCCUGCUUUAGGCCAGCCUGAGUCUGCAUUUGGGGCAAACACUGUCCCUCUUCCAGAGGGGGUUAGGCUGAGGUGAUGGACUGAACUCUACAGUCUAAGCCCAUUCUGCUAGCGGAGUUAUGACUAGGUUGUGGAAGGCUUGAAAUGAACCUCUGAGCUGUGACCAUUCUCAUUAGUCCAUCUGCUAGUAAUUUAGGUUUGUCGGGGAAUCCAGGUUAUUUUCUUGAACACUGAACCAUCUGGACUCUGGAUGGCUCAGCCAGUCCCUUUUUUGCCCAAAUGAAUCCCCUAUAGGCUAUGUGUUUGGAUGCUCCCAUAUGUUUUGUUUGUCCUGUAAAGGGGCAAUGAGUCACUUUAAAAGCGGUGAGAGAAUUACAUCAAGAAACAGCUGUGGCUAAUGUGUUUAGGAGGUAUAGGUGCUGCGUGGGCAUGUUGCAAAGGUGCAAAAAGAUCAGAUGUUUCUCAUCAUUGAUCAUUAUAAGUCAUUUUAAGGAUGCAUUUUAAAAGCAAUUACAUUAAAAGAAAUCCUAAUGUCAA